AUGGCCAGAAAAUUACCAGAUAGACCACCAAAUGGAAUAGGCUGUGGUCAAAGACCAAGAAGAGUACCAAAACAAUUGGAUCCGAAUAAGUCCUACAACAUCCUAUCCAAACCAUUUAAAGUUCCUUACAAGAUAAACAAAUUGGCUAACUCGCACUACUACUUAAGGAAAAGAUCCACCACAGUAUCCUGUAAAGAAUAUUCAGAUAACAAUGAUACAAACGAACAAGAUUAUUCUAUUGAUAAACCUUCUCUCUAUAUAAACAAGGCAAGAAAAAGAGUAGACGCAUUAUCCUCUGUACGACUGCUGAAUGAGCCUUCCAGGAUAAGUAGUAUCGAAAAAAUGUUGAAACGUUCUUUCACUGUCCCUAUACAUGGUUAUAUACAAAGACAUUCUCUAUCGCUAACAUUAGGUACAAAGAAUAAAAUCAUAUCAGAACCAAGACCUUUACAUGAUCCCACUGAUGAGUUUGCAAUCGUCUUAUAUGAUCCCUCUGUUGACGGUGAUAUGGUAACCGAUCAUCAAGAUUUUAAUAUUGAGCAACAACAGCAACAACAACAACAGCAGCAGCAGCAGCAGCAAAAUUCAAAGAAUAAAGAGCCAGCUUUAUCAGCAUCUUCUCAAGAGCUUAAUACACAAAAGAAAAAGCAUUUUAUACAUCCAAAAUUUAUGUCUAAUGGACUCAGAAAUAAACCAUUAACCGAAUUAUUGGCUUCGUCGUCGUCGUCGUCUUCUUCACAAAAGAAAUUCCCCAAUGUGCCAGUUGUUAUAGAUCCCAGGAUAGCAAAGAUUCUCAGACCACAUCAAGUAGAGGGUGUCAAAUUCUUGUAUAGGUGUAUAACAGGGUUAGCUAUGAAAGAUUAUUUAGAACAAGAAAAUUUGUUGAAGUCUAUCGAUCCCAAUGAAACGUUAGAUAAUGACCAGGACUUUGAGGUUGAAAAUACAAAAGAACAAGAGAUGCAUACAGACAAUGAAGACACACCACCUUCUGAGUCUGUUUCUAAGAAGCCUUCAAAUUCAUAUGGUUGUAUCAUGGCAGAUGAAAUGGGUCUAGGUAAGACUUUACAAUGUAUAACGCUAAUGUGGACCCUUUUAAAACAAGGUCCACAAGGUAAAAGUAUGAUCGAUAAAUGUAUCAUUGUAUGUCCAUCCUCAUUAGUCAACAAUUGGGCUAAUGAAUUGGUCAAAUGGUUAGGUCCAGGUACAAUUUCCCCGCUUGCCAUAGAUGGGAAAAAAUCAUCACUCUCUUUAAUGGGGAACGAUUCUGUAGCUCAAGCAAUUAACCAAUGGGGUAAAGCAAGAGGUAGAAAUAUUGUUAAACCUGUAUUAAUAAUAUCUUACGAAACCCUACGUAGAAACGUUCAAGAAUUGAAUAAUUGCCCUGUGGGACUACUUUUGGCUGAUGAGGGUCAUAGACUGAAAAAUUGUAGUUCCUUGACUUACACUGCAUUAAAUAAUAUUAAUUGUUCCAGAAGAAUUAUCUUAUCAGGUACGCCAAUACAAAAUGAUUUGACAGAAUAUUUUGCUCUUUUAAAUUUUGCUAAUCCUGGAUUAUUGGGUACAAGGUUACAGUUUAGGAAAAAUUUUGAAAUUCCAAUCUUAUUGAGUAGAGACGCUGACGCUACUGAUAAAGAGGUUGAAAGAGGUAAACAACAAUUACUUAAACUGUCUGAGAUUGUGUCAAAAUUUAUUAUUAGACGUACGAACGAUAUUUUAUCCAAAUAUUUACCUUGUAAAUAUGAACAUGUUAUAUUUGUAAAUUUGAAACCUAUUCAAUUGACACUAUAUUCAAAAUUGCUAUCGUCAAGGGAUAUGGAAAAAAUGAUUAAAAUGAAUGAACAAAACAACUCUCUCAAUGAUACAAACUCUAGUAAUAUUGGCACUGGAACAGGUAGUGCCCCGCUAAGAGCUAUUGGUAUUUUGAAGAAACUAUGUAAUCAUCCAAAUCUACUAGAUUGGGAAAAAGAAUUAGGUAUAGAUGAUACCCCAGAUGAAUUAUUGAAUACAAAUGGCAGUAAUCGUAGGAAUGUUAAUACGGAAUUGUCAGGGAAAUUUUCUAUUCUGGAACGAUUUUUACAUAAGAUUCACACAGAAUCGGAUGAUAAGAUUGUUAUUAUAUCAAAUUACACGCAUACUUUGGAUCUCAUCGAGAAAAUGUGUAGAUAUAAAAGAUAUGGUGUUGUUAGAUUGGAUGGGACAAUGACAAUUAAUAAAAGACAAAAGUUGGUAGAUCGAUUUAACGAUCCAAAUGGUCAGGAAUUUAUCUUUUUAUUAAGUUCAAAAGCAGGUGGUUGUGGUAUUAAUUUAAUUGGUGCUAAUAGAUUGAUCCUAAUGGAUCCUGACUGGAACCCUGCCGCAGAUCAACAAGCGUUGGCUCGUGUUUGGAGAGAUGGGCAAAAGAAGGAUUGUUUUAUUUACAGAUUUAUCACAACUGGUUCAAUUGAAGAAAAAAUUUACCAAAGACAAUCGAUGAAAAUGAGUUUAAGUUCAUGUGUGGUAGAUUCAAAAGAUGAUGUGGAAAGAUUGUUUAGUGUUGAUGAUUUAAGAAAAUUAUUUCUUUUCAACAAAGACACAAAUUGUGAGACACAUGAGACUUUCCAUUGUAAAAGAUGUACUCCAAAGGGAAAACAAAAGAUUAGAUCAAAUACAAUGUUAUAUGGUGAUGCUACCACGUGGAACCAUAUUGAUCACGAUUCUUUACAAAAGACUAAUGACCAUUUAUUACAAAAUGAAUAUCAUUACAAUGAUAUCAGCUAUGCAUUUCAAUACAUUUCGCAUUGA